AUGAAGAAGUUGAGCUGAAACUGCGAACGCUUCAUCCCGGCACUUAGCGGCAAAACUCGGUCAAGAGAGGAGGAAGCAGGUGAAAUUAAAAACAAAACAAAAACGAACAAACAAAAAAAGAGAAACCCACUUGGCCAUGGGGAAAUCAGGACAGAAAUGGCAGGAGAAGAUGGCUCUAAGAAGAGGCUGUGUGGACUCAGGCAUGAAGAGCUCUUCAUGCAAGAAAGACUGAGUGGAUUGGCACUGUUUACAGACUCACAGAAUCACUAGGUUGGAAGAGAACUUCAUGAUCAUUGAGUCCAACCCAUGUCCUAACACCUCAACUAGACCAUGGCACCAGGUGCCAUACCCAGUCUUUUUUUAAACACAUCCAGAGAUGCUUCCAAACAAUUUGCUGAAGAAGUCUUGAAGGUACACAAUGACUACAGGAAGAAACAUGGAGUCCCCCCAUUAAAACUCUGCAAGAAGUUAAACAGAGGAGCCCAACAGUAUGCAGAAGAACUGGCUACCACGAGGGUCCUCAAGCACAGCUCCGAGUCUGCUAAUGGGAAUUGUGGAGAAAACCUAGCAUGGGCAUCCUAUGACCAAUCAGGAAAAGAUGUGGCUGACAGAUGGUACAGUGAAAUAAAAAAUUACAGCUUUCAAACCCCUGGGUUUUCUUCUAGGACAGGUCACUUCACAGCAAUGGUUUGGAAGAACACAAAGAAGAUGGGAGUUGGGAAAGCAUCUGCUAGUGAUGGCUCAACCUUUGUGGUGGCUAGAUAUGACCCAGCUGGAAAUGUAGUAAAUCCAGGCUAUUAUGAAGAAAAUGUUCUUCCUCCAAGAAAAUAAAUCUAUUUUUUAAGGUAGCCUUAUUGCUUAAUGACAAGUGAACCUGGAUUUGUACCUAAUGGUGUUUGAAGUGAAGCCCAAUUCAAUUAAAUCUCCUGUUUGUUACUGCUGUUCACGUCUCACUGUGGAGGAAUUACGUGUUGCUUGAGUCAACCUGCACAUCAGGCCCCUGUUGUUACUGAGGGGACCACAAUUUAUUUGAGGAUGAUCUAUAUGCAGCAUUUCUGAAGGAUAAAAUAAGUAAGAUCUUUUUUUAAUUGUUUGCAUGAACUCUGUGUCUUCAUGUGAGUAAGCACAUGUUGGAUGUCUGGUCUUUUUAAACAAGCAAACUUAUAGCUUUCUGUAAACUUAAGAUACCAGCCUGUAGUUCUAUUAUGUACUCCCAGCUGUCCAGUACUUUUUAAUAACUGUACUUUCGUUGCUCUGUCUUUACUUUCCUGCUGUUGUGGGACCUAGUCUCUGCAGAUGGAACACAUGCAAAACUUCCUGUAUGAAAGGUACAUGUGUAAAAUGUAGUGGAAUUCAGACCUGUGUGUUUUUAUUAAGAGGAUCUCGCAGAACACUAAAAGGCUGCUGGCAAAAUUGUAGCCAUCAAGCAAGCUGUAAUUAAUGCAUGAUCUAAAAAAGCACAUAAAAUUUAAGAAAUCCCAUUUCAGACGCUGAUAUAUAAAAUACGUUUGAGGUAUUUUAAGUUCAAAGUACAUCCUACAGUUUACAGUAUGUACCUUGUAUUAUAAUCCAGUUGCUUACUUCUGUUGCAGAAAAAUAAGAUUCUGCUUUUUUUGGUAUUUAUGCACAAAAAAAAAAGAUUCUUUGAUGGUGCACUUUGGAUUUUAUUUCUCAGUAACUUAUUUCUUAUUUCCUAAGGAAUAUCUUUUUAAGGUGUCAUGCUAUACAGGCAAUAACAUUCCCAAAUCAUCUCAUCUUUAAUAAUGUAACAGUAGGGGUAUUCACAUUGUCAUAAUUAAGAAAUGUUUGCUCUUUAUUCAUAUUAUUAAAUAACAGUACUAUUUCACAUGCUGGACUGAUGCCUUUAAAACAAUGAAGAUUUAAUUUCCUUAACAACAAGCCAAGCAAAAAUUCUAUGGACACUCUAUUCUCUGAUUAAAUGUAGAUUGGGCCAGUUUGUCCAGAUUCAUACACUGUGCCUAAAUCUGGGGCUUUAUUUUCUUUGUAAAAGUUUCCCUUGACUUUUGCUGAGAUUCUGUAUGCCAUAAUCUCAUUCAUGGACAGUGCCAUUACAGAAAUACUUCUUUUUGUUUACACAGUUGUGAUGAGCUGCACUCUGAUGGCUUGAUUAUAUGUCACUGUGAUGCUGUUUGUUACAAUUUUUUUGCAAGAAUUUGACACGUAUCAUAAACAACUGAAAAAUAAAUAUUUUUGAAUAUGAACUACUCAAACCUUUGCUAUUACCUGAUUCUUUGUUGAAUAAUCCUCAAAUUUUAUUUCCGGGACAUUAACAUAUGACAUUAUUACUUUUGUAACAUGGGGGAAAAUAAAAGCAGCAACUGUUCUAACCCAAGAAAGAAAGA